GUCACGGCCAGACUCCGAGACGGCAACUGUGACCAGCCGAACACCGUCGGCCCCGGCAGUGACACGGUCAUCCGUCCGCUAGUGGUCAAGCCCGAGGGAUUCCCGCAGGAGGAGACGACGUCACGGAGCUGAGCCUCACGUGGAGCGGAUCCCGAUGGUGGGUCCUGAAGGCCUGGUGCCGGAUUCUGAGCGGGCUUAUUUCUCCGUGGUGGGCGAUCUGCUCGGACAUUCGCACGGAAACCUGGGCCGCCUGGUGGACAUCCCGACGGGUGGAGGAGAGCACAACAUGUUGGCCUUCGUGCCGUACAUCCACAUGAGGGCGUACCUGGAGCACACCGGGCUGCUCUCCCCUCGUGACCGGGACCGGACCAUCAACGGCAUGAGACGAGGGUACCAGACUCAGCUGCGGUACAGGCAUCGGGACGGCUCGUACUCUUCGUUCGGCCGGGAUGACCCGGAAGGCUCGCUGUGGCUCACCGCCUUCGUCGUCAAGUCCUUCAAGGAGGCGUCCGAGUACAUCGUUAUUGACGAGGAGUCGAUCAAGCAGAGCGAGCAAUGGCUGGUACAGCAGCAGCAGGAUGACGGCUGCUUCCGUCCGAUCGGCAGCGUCAUUCACAAGGAGCUGAAGGGCGGCACGGAGCGGGGCGGCCCGGCCGCCCUGACGGCGUUCGUCAUGCUCGCCCUCGGGGCAGAAAACAACAAGAGUCUGGAGAGCGGAUUCACCUGCCUGGAGCACGGCAUCGGUCUGACCAACAAAACACUGUAUGCCGAGGUGCUGUUAGCCUAUACGCACGUGGUACUGGGCCGGGAACAGCGCGGCCAACAGCUGGUCUCCGCUCUGAUGCAGAAGGCCAAGACGGAGGGGUCGGACGCCCUCUUCUGGGAGGGCGAUUGCCGCUCCAUCUACGGCGGCAGUCGGGCCGUGGACAUUGAGAUGACGGCACACAUGGUGCUCUCCCUGGUCCACCUCUCGGGUCAGGAGAACAUGGAGCAGGCGGCGCGGGCCGUCAAGUGGAUCAACAGGCAGCGCAACAGUCUGGGCGGCUGCAUCUCCAUACAGGACACGAUUGUGGCGAUGCAGGCGCUGACAGAGUUUGGCGAACGCACUUUUUCUUCGGAGUUGUCCACUAGCGUUACAGUCAGUGCUGCCGGACCCCCCUUCACACUUGUGGUGGACUCGUCCAACCGUCUGCUACUGCAACAAGAAAAGGUGGCAGAUUUUGAGCUGCCAGCUGAGGUCACCUUCACCGUCAGUCCAGCCGGCUGCGUCCUCUACCGCACCAGCUUCCGCUACUCCAGCCGCUCCCGAUUGCCGAAGCCAGCAUUCUCGCUGGCGGUGACCUCGGAGGCUCGUCCCAGCCGCUCUCCAGGCGGUUCGUAUGAGCUGGAGGUGUGCUCCGCUUACAUCGGGGACUCUGGCGAAUCGGAGCGCGUCAUGCUGGAGGUGGAAAUGCCCUCGGGCUAUUUCACCAUCAGCAGCACACUGAGAAGUCUCCGAAAAAGCGGCGCGGUACGCAGAUACGACUUCAGCAAGGGUAAGGUGACCUUCACGCUGUCCAAGGUCACCGAGGAGAAGGUCUGCCUCAAGUUCCGCAUCAUUCGAGAGAACGAGGUGGAUGGCCUGAAGCCGUCGGUGGUGCGAGUCUACGACCUCUUCAGGCCUGAGGAUCGCAAUAUUCUGGAGUACGAGCUCUCACCCGUGUCUUCUCCCGCCGCUUGAUACUUAUGUUGAAGACCGGUGUGUGCCUCUCACGGAUCAUGACUGGAAGACACGUGACAUGACAUGUCAUGUCAAGAGGACGCCGACGCUCUGUGAUUCGAUCGCAGACAUGCAGCUUAAGCCGGAAUAUUUUGCUAUUACAAAUCUGACUGCCAACAUUCUAGAUCAGCAUACGAAAGAUCGCUUUUAACCAAUGACUGCAAAUGUGCUGCGAAAUAUGUUUUCAGGCACACCGACUCCUUGCUGUGUCGCCUUGCCGUUUCCCUGUGUGCGAGCGAUGACCCUGAAUAUUGAGUAACUUUUGUCCGAUGUGUGCAACUGUGUAUGAACGUUUGUUGCGGCACCGCCAAUUUAAAAUGCGAGGGAAAUACACUGGGCUGCUUUAAAUGUUCGGUCUUUCUUUUAUAUUCUGCCUAGCGCAUGUGCAUUGUAUUCCACCAUUAAGUGCCCUUACACUUGAUUUGUUUUCCAACCCUUUGGAAAAGUGAAAAUACACUAGAGC